AUGUAUAGGUAUAAUCCGCUACAACACCCGCUGGAAAUCAGGGUCAUCAGAUUUGGAACCGCGCUUGCCGUCUCAGAUCCACACCUUCAGGUCACAAUAUCUCACGUCCGCCUUGAUAAACGUCCCGUUUAUAGGGCAUUGUCAUACACAUGGGGAGACACCACAUUGAAAGAAAUAGUGGAAUGCGACAAUGGUGGGGGUCAGCUUCUAAUUACAGCAAACUGCGCGUCGGCUUUGCGGCGUCUGCGUCUGGAGGAUGAGCUCACUCCCAUCUGGAUCGAUUCGAUCUGCAUCAAUCAAAACGACAUCCCUGAACGCAACCAACAAAUUCUCCUAAUAUCAGACGUUUACAGAUUAGCGUCGAAAGUUCAAGUGUACCUUGGUGAGGAGGAUGAGGAUAGCGCUUUGGGUAUGGCAUACUUUAGAGAUCCGAGAAAGUUCUUAGCCCAGGAAGAAGGUCGAGGGUUUUUAGACGUGAGCGCAAUCGCAGAGCAACCGAAACAGGCCGUAAAUCGGAUCCUCUCCCGCGCAUGGUUUGGAAGGGUAUGGGUGUUUCAAGAGGUACUUGUAUCCUCUGCUGUUGACGUCCUGUGUGGGAGUGAUAAAGUCACGUGGUCGCAGCUCACCACCUCGAUUUGGGCAUGGGGAGGUAGGAACCGUAUUUUUUUGAAAGAGGGUAUCAAGGAGCCACCAAUUUUGUUUAGAUUUGCCGAGAAGAGAAAUCGAAGUAGUGCGUUGGAGAUAUUACUACGUUAUAUGCACGAAGCCCGGAGUUCCAAGUCGACAGAUCCGCGAGAUAAGAUCUAUGCUAUGCUAGGAAUCGCAGCCGAUACAGCGGCUGGAUUCCUUCCAUUCCGGCCUGACAUGAAUUUUGAAGGCAAGGAAAGCUAUAAGCUCAGAGCCCCAUAUCUAAAAACGAGUCUCGUGGCGAAGUAG